GUUUUGUCAUAAUAUAAUUGCGAGUCUUCUUUUACUCAUCAUAAUAUAUUAAAAAAAGAGCAUUAGAUAAAAGAAAAAAAAUAUAAUAAAACAUUUUGUGAUUGAACAAGUGUUAUAUGCAAAAUGUUAUGGCAAUUUUAUAAUAAAGUUUGUAUCAAAUAUACUUAAACUAUAUCAUUCAAAAUUGUGCUAAAUUCCCAAAUAAGUGUGAGGAAUAAAAAAAAAAAAAAACAUUACAAAAUAAUGAAAUUUUCAAUAAAAAAUUUAUUUUAUUUUCUUAUUGUAAUAUUAAUAUUUAUUUUACAAAAUGUGAACAAAUGUCACGGGCAACCAAUUGUUACAAUUGGAAAUAAUACAAGAAUAGAGGGCAUAUUUAUGAUCACCAGAAAAAAUCGAAAUAUUUCUGGUUUUAUUGGAAUAAAAUAUGCAGAGCCACCAAUUGGAAAAUUGAGAUUUAGUAAUCCAGUUUUAAAAGAGUUACCAGAGAAAUAUUUGUUAGCAAAUAAUGAAGGAAGUGUUUGUACACAAAUGACAAGAUAUGGCGAAAAAAAAGUUAUUGGAAAUGAAGAUUGUCUUUUUCUCAAUAUUUACACACCAAGGAAAUCAUUUAGUGGAAAUAAAUCUAAAUUAUUACCAGUUAUGGUAUUGAUACAUGGAAGUGCAUUUCUUAUUGGUAGUAGUAGUGUGGAAAAUUUAGGUCCAAAUUAUCUAUUGGACAAGAAUAUUGUCUAUGUGAGUAUGAAUUAUCGUCUCGAUAUUUUUGGCUUCUUAAGCACUGGAGACAAUGUGGCCUUGGGUAAUUUUGGUAUAAAAGAUCAACUAGUUGCCCUUCAAUGGAUUCAAAAAUACAUUCGACAUUUCGGUGGUGAUCCAAAUCAAGUGACACUAACUGGUUAUAGUACUGGUGCUGAUUCUGUAAAUCAUCAUAUUUUUUCAAAUCUCACUGAGGGUUAUUUUCAUCGUUAUAUUAUGCAAAGUGGAUGUCCAUUUAGUAUGCGUUCGUAUAGGUCAGGUAAAAAAAGUGCAGAAAUUGCAAAAUCAGUGGCUGAAUAUUUUAACUGUUCAAAUGAAGAUUCUCAAUUAAUAGUCAAUUGUUUACGUGAUAUUGAUUAUAAAAAAUUAAUUAAUAACAGUUUUAUUUUUCCAAGAAUAGGAAAUAUUUUACAUUCAACUUGGCUACCGACAAUAGAGCCAAAUGUUACCGGUGCUUAUAUUAUUGAAAAUCCUUUUUAUAUUAUGAAAGAAAAAAAAUUUAAAAAUCUUUCAGGAAUAAGUGGCAUUGUCACUGAUGAAGGUUUAACUUGGAUUGCCCCACUUUAUGUGAACGAGAAAUUUUAUAAUGAGAUAAUAGAAAAUUUUGAUGAUUUUUUAAUUGAUAUUUUUAAUUAUUUUGAAUUGACGAAAAAUGUUUCGGCAAUUGUAUCAGAAGUUAAAAGAUUUUAUUUCAAAAAUGAAAUUUCCAAUGAGAAAAAUUUGAUUCUUAAACAAUUAUCCGAUUUUUUGGGAGAUUUAUUUAAAAAUUAUCCCAUUAUUUUUUCAUCGGCAUUUUAUGCUAAAAAUACAAAAUCACCACUUUAUUUUUAUUGGUUCAAUUAUAGAGGUUUAAUUAGCAUGACAAAUAAAGUAACUCGUAAUAAUUGGAAUCUUGGAAUUGCACAUACAGACGAACUCAUAUAUCUUUAUCCUCAAAAAUCAAUUGUUUCUGUAGCGAAUGAUAGAGAAAUUUUAAAAAAUGAUUCAAUUAUUACUGAUCUCAUGGUUGAUUUAUGGACAUCUUUUACAAUAAAUGGAGUGCCAACAUCAGAGAAAUUAUGCGAAGGUGAAAAUUCAUGGAAACCUCAUCAGCACAAUAUGAAUAUUUUAAAAAUUGGAAACUAUUCCAAUACCGAAACAAAAAUGAUAAAUUCUGUUUUUAAAGAGAGAAUGGAAUUUUGGGAACGUAUUCAACAUUUGUUAAUUCAUAAUUUUCUCCCUGAUAUAUAAGAACAAUCAGGAAUCGAACCCAUGAUGAUAAGGCUCGACAGUCGAUAAUCUAAACCACCUAACCACAGACGCAUUCUAACAAAAUCUGAAAAUUAUUUUAAAAAAUGUUUUUUUUUUAUAUAAUCAAAUUAAAGUUUUAAACUAUUUCAAAUAGUUGCUUAAAACUAGAAAAUAAUAAUUAAAUAGUUGUUUAUUUUCGUAAGGUUAAUAAAAAAAAAUUGUUUAAAUUUCGAUUUUUGCAAAUUGAGAAUGAAAAAUCAUUUUAAUGAAUGAUUUCAUUUUUAAUGAAAAAGGAAUUAAUAUAAAUGUAUAAAAAUGAAUAAAUAAAGUUGAUAUAAAUUAAUUACUAAAAAAUAA